AUCAAUAUCAACUUGCCAUGAUCAAUGUCUUUUUCAGUCUUGUCGUCUGAGUUGCCCUGCCAUGUGGGCGUCCGCAUGUUUUCACGUUCCACGGCGUGUAGACGGCGGCGACAAGCUGGGGCCAGGGCGGCGUGUUUGCCGCCGGCGUCGAGGGCGGUGGCGCGUGAUGAUUCAAAUUUCGCCCAAUUUGCACUAAUCCAUGGUACCUUGUUCAGGCCAAAGGCUGAACAAAAAAGGGUCCAGAUUUCUGACACGAACGGCACAUAAAUCAAAUCAAAUCGCCCGUGCUUCUCUCUCCCCUCCUCUUACCCUUCCAUUGGCUCCCUGGGUUGAGCUCGGCGGCGGCGCAAUGGCGUGCCACCUGCUGCUCGUCGCCGUCGUCGCCGGCUUCGCCGUGAGCCUCGCCGGUGCGACGGACCAUAUCGUCGGCGCUAACCACGGCUGGAACCCAAACAUCGACUACUCCCUCUGGUCCGGCAACCAGACCUUCUACGUCGGCGACCUCAUCUCGUUCAGGUACCAGAAGGGGACGCACAACGUGUUCGAGGUGAACCAGACGGGGUACGACAACUGCACCAUGGCCGGGGUCGCCGGCAACUGGACCUCCGGCAAGGACUUCAUCCCGCUCAACGACUCACGCCGCUACUACUUCAUCUGCGGCAACGGCUUCUGCCAGGCCGGCAUGAAGGUCGCCAUCACCGUCCACCCGCUGAAGCACAAUGCCACCGGCGACGGCGCCAAGAACCACGGCGGCGACGGAGCCGCACAGGAGGCCGCCGCUGCCGCCAUGCCGGGCGCCGCCGUGUGGAUGGCAGUGCUCGCCGUGGCCGCCGCAGCUGUCGCCAUAUUGCCAUGAUUAAUUAAUCUCUGCACUUGUGCUUGGAAGAACUCAAGAACAUUGGCACAUUGUGUGUUUUGCUCGCAUUUUUAUCAGGGACUUGAUUAAUGUAGCACCAAAAUCAGAUUUAUAUUCAAGUAUUAAUUCAGCAAGAAUAUUGGUUCAUGAUAGAGCAUCAGGAUUCAGGAAAAAAUU